CGGCUCCUUACAUGCCUGACAACUUCUGCACCUUCAAGCCACUGUGUUCUGCAGAUGCUGAGGAGGAACAUCUCAUAUUGGAGUCCAUUGCUUGGCCUGAAACUCCUCCUCUGCCAGCUCCUUUUUCAUUGAAUCAGACAAGUAACGCCGCCCACAGCACCUUCACCAUUCUCCCAGGGGGGGUUGGAGACGAGCAGCAUGUAGGAGACCAGCUGGAAGUUAUGAUAAAAAUGUACGACUUCCAAGGUAACCCCAAGAAGUCUGGAGGAGAUGCAAUUGUUACCCGUUUGCACAACAGGGCACUUGAAGCAGGUGUGGCUGGACGAGUGGUGGAUCACCUUAAUGGCUCCUACUCUGCUGUAUUCUCUUUACUCUGGGAAGGAAGUGCACAGGUUGAGAUCGAGCCAAAGGCUUCAAGAGCUCCGCCAUUUUCAAGUCAUUUUGGAGAAAGUUCCAUACGGUGGGAGCAGCAAAACUAAACGCUCUUUUCCCGAGCUCAGUGCAUACACGAGGCACAGACAGUUUAAAGACAUCACAGGAACACAAGGCAUAGUGGCUUCUGGUUCUUUGAAGGUGACGCUUGUCCACUCAAGCGAGGCUAUCACAGUCCUCCGUAGGCUAAGCAGAGAACAGCCUGAUAGGACUAUCUUAAAGAGCGUCUUCCGCUCAGGUUCAAUCUCUGAAACUACCAUCUGUAAUAUUUGUCUACGUCAAACCAACCAGCCACAGUGCAACUACACUGACCUCCAUACUGGUGACCCGUGGUUCUGCUACAAGCCAAAGAAACUGAGCUGUGAUACCAGGAUGAACCACAUGAAUGGAGGAAUAGGUAUAAAACUCAAGGCUAAUGAGGCGAACCUUUUCAAAAGCAAUGUCAACAUGCAAGUCUUCAUUCAGGCUUCAGGACCGGCCAAUGUUACUGUGCUGCCUCAAAGGAAAGAGCAACCCAUGGAUAGUCAAGGCAGUGGGAAGUCUGGACUCUCUGGGUAUUACUACCAGGGUGUGUGGCGAUCACUAGGUGGCACCAAAGUCCACCAAUUCAACAACUCCUCUGCCAUCAGUCAGUGUCUGAAAGGAAAGGAGGUCCACAUGUAUGGAGACUCCACCGUCAGGCAGUGGUUUGAGUACCUUGAUGCUUCACUUCCAGAUGCUAAGGAGAUAAACCGGAAUAAUCCAAAGAAAUCAGGACCUUUCCUGAUAUGGGAUAAUGCAAAAAACAUCUUGGUGAAGUUCCACUUACACGGUCCUCCUCUUAGUGCUUCCAUCCAUAUCCCAACCAGUGAGCUGCAUUACAUUGCCAAUGAAAUAGAUGAUGUAGUUGGUGGCACCAACACAGUUGUAAUUUUUGGUAUCUGGGCCCACCUCACUCCUUUCCCAAUGCAAUUCUACAUCAGAAGGCUUUACGGCAUCCGCAGGGCGGUGAUUCGUCUGUUAAACAGGGCUCCAGACACGCUGGUGGUCAUCAGGACUCCAAACCUCAGAGUGGGAGCAUAUGAAGGGAAAACAAGACUGGACCAAGAAUUGAGCCCUGUGGCAGACCGUAUGUCAUGGGGGCCGAGGAAGAAACAAAAUUACCAAUUGAGACAGAAAAUCCUCUAUUUGACAGGUAUGACCCAAACCAUUUGAGUGCAGUUCCAGUGAUGCCCACACACUGAUUAAGUCUAUUGGCUAGAAUUUUAUGAUCAAUAGUAUCAAAUGCUGCGCUUAGGUCCAACAGCAAUAUAACCAAACAUUCCCCAUUAUAAGCGCUCAUCAGCAAAUCGUUUGUAGCCCUGAUAAGAGCAGUUUUGGUACUGUGUCGUUGGAAGAACCCUGAUUGAAACUUGUCACAGAUGUCAUUAUUGUUUAAAACAGAUGUGAGCUGGCUAAAAAAAAAACACCUUUUCAACCUUUUCAAGAACCUUAGAUAUGAACGAGAGUUUGGAAAUGGGUCUAUAAUUCUCUGGAAGUGAUAGAUCAGGGU